AUGACGACCGGGGAAGGCGUCGCCAUUGCGCCCUUUGCUCUUGCAGAGAACAGCGAUGAGACGACAGCCGAGGACAGCGAGAAGGCAGAGGCCGGGAACAGCGCGCCGGUAUCGACCUCAUGGGACACGGAUAUCAAAAACCCGUACAACUGGCCAGCAGGGAAAAAGGCAUGGCAGGUCGGCAUGGCGGCGUCGGCGGCCUUUCUUGCAUCCAUGGGAACCUCCAUCAUGACGUCUUCGCACAGUCAGCUGAUGCAAGAAUUUGGCGUCACGAGCACGGCAGCCAUUGUGCCCUUGUCGAUAUACGUGUUUGCGCUUGCCCUUGGCCCCGUGGUUGGGGGUCCUCUGUCCGAAACCAUUGGCAGAUAUCUCGUCUUCCUGUUUUGCGUGCCCAUUGGCGCCCUUUUCGUCGUUGGAGCGGCCGUGACGCAUUCCUUUGCUGCCCUCUGCAUCUUGCGCUUCCUCGCCGGAUUCUGCUUCGCCCCCUGUCUUGCCAUUUCAGCUGGCGUGCUCAACGAGACAUACAAACCCGAGAAGCGAGGACUGCCAUCUACCCUCUUUAUUCUCACCCCCUUUCUCGGCCCCGGCCUGGCCCCGGCUAUCGGAUCCUUUGUCACCAACAGGAAGGGCUGGCGAUGGACCCAGUAUACGAUGCUCUUUUUUGUCGCGUUCACGAUGCUAAUCACGAUUGCAUUCGGGCGCGAGACAUACCACCCCGUCCUCAAACGCCGCCUGGCUAAGAAGCUGGGCCAGCCCGUCGAGCCGUCGCCGCCUCUGGCCAAGAGGGCCCGUCAGUUUCUGACCACCGCCCUCAUCCGCCCCAUUCACAUGCUCUUCACAGAGCCCAUCGUCGGUCUUGUUUGCCUGUACGCGUCGUGCGAGUUUGCGACCCUCUUUACCUUCUUUGCCGCCGUCCCGUAUGUCUUCCAAGGCGUCUACAACUUCUCCAUUGAAGACACGGGACUGGUGUUUCUAUCCAUCGUGACAGGCUGUCUUCUCGGCACACUUACCAUCAUCAUCUGCGACAUCUUGCUGUAUCGACCACAAGUGCCCCUGCACCCGGCUCAUAUGGUCCCUCCGGAAUACCGCCUCUAUCCCGCCAUGAUCGGAAGCUUGGGGCCGCCGAUUGGAUUGUUUUGGUUUGGGUGGACUGCGAGGCCCGAAAUAUCUUGGGCAAGCCCCGUCGUGGCCAUGGUGCCGUUCGCCUGGGGAAACCUGUGCAUUUUCAUCAGCACAAUGCAGUACAUAUCAGACACGUAUCACGGCACCACGGUGGCGAGCGCGGCCAGCGCCAAUAGCUUCGCCAGAUACGGACUUGCCGGUGCAUUUCCGCUCUUCACAAUCCAGAUGUACUCCACGCUCGGUAUCGGCUGGGCAAGUAGUCUCCUUGGUUUCAUUGCUCUAGUCCUAAUGCCGGUGCCGUGGGUCUUUUUCAAAUUUGGAAAAGGAAUUCGAGCAAGGAGCAAGUACGAGACGGCGUCUUAUUGA